CAAUCAUCCAUCUAUCUAUUUUUUUUUUCAUUGUGAUUUUUCUUUUCUAGCUCGUUUCAUCAUUUUUACUAUUGUUUUGUGUCAUGUCAUCCAAUAGAUCCAGCAUAUUCGAAUGUUAUCAUCAAAAUAACAACAACAACAACAGCGGCAGCGGCAGCGGCAGCGACACCAACGACAACGAUAAAAAUCAUUAUAAUUACAAUCAUCAUAUGAAGAAUGAUGAUACAACGACAACAUCGAAAUUAAGGCACGAUGUUGUCAACAACAACAACAACAACAAUGAUGAUGAUGAUGAUUAUUUAAAUUUUUUAAAUAAAAAUCAUAAAACCACAACUGCAACAAGAAAAUAUGAUUGGCUAUCUGUAACAAAAUCUCAUCGAUCACCAUCAUCAUCAUUAUUAUUAUCAACAUUAUCAUCAUCGAAAUCAUCAAUAUGGUGGCCAUUAUUAUUGCAGCGACGAAAUUAUUUAUGCAAAUCAUCAAAAAUGUUCAUGAUGAUCAUGUUGACCAUAUUAAUAAUAAUGAUUAUUACUGUAGAACAAUCAUUACAGUUUAAUCAUAAUAAUCAUAAUCAUCAUCAAAAUGAAGUGUUUACCAAUUCAUUUCAAAUUAGAUUUCGUCGUAAUAUUGAUCAACAAUUAGCCCAUCAGAUAGCCAAAAAACAUGGAUUUAUAAAUCUUGGUCCGAUAUUAGGCUCUCAGCGUGAAUAUCAUUUUCAACAUCGUGCAUUACCACAUGCACGUAAUAAACGUAGUAUUGGCCAUUAUCGUAAACUUCGAUCUGAUCAUUUGAUUGAAUCGGCACAACAACAAUUAGGCUUCCGUCGUAUAAAACGUGGCUAUAAAUCAUUAGUAUUGGAUGAAAUUGAAAAUUUACAACUACAAAAUGAUCCAAAUGAUCCAUUCUUUCAAUAUCAAUGGUAUUUAAAGAAUACUGGACAAAAUGGUGGUAAACCACGUUUAGAUUUAAAUGUUGAAGCUGCUUGGGCGCAAGGUAUAACCGGUAAAAAUGUAACCACAGCCAUUAUGGAUGAUGGUGUUGAUUAUAUGCAUCCAGAUCUUAAAGAUAAUUAUAAUGCAAAAGCAAGCUAUGAUUUUAGUAGCAAUGAUCCAUAUCCAUAUCCACGUUAUACGGAUGAUUGGUUUAAUAGCCACGGUACUAGAUGUGCUGGUGAAGUGGCUGCUAAACGAGAUAAUGGCAUUUGUGGUGUUGGUGUUGCAUAUGAUUCUAAAGUGGCCGGUAUACGAAUGCUUGAUCAACCAUAUAUGACCGAUUUGAUUGAAGCUAAUUCAAUGGGACAUGAACCAGAUUUGAUCGAUAUCUAUAGUGCAUCAUGGGGACCAACUGAUGAUGGCAAAACAGUUGAUGGCCCAAGAAAUGCUACGAUGCGUGCUAUUGUUCGUGGUGUUAAUGAGGGUCGUCGUGGAUUAGGUAAUAUCUAUGUAUGGGCAUCAGGUGAUGGUGGUGAAGAUGAUGAUUGUAAUUGUGAUGGUUAUGCAGCAUCAAUGUGGACCAUUUCAAUUAAUUCAGCUAUUAAUGAUGGUCAGAAUGCUCAUUAUGAUGAGUCAUGCUCAAGUACAUUAGCAUCGACUUUUAGCAAUGGAGCUAAAGAUCCACAUACAGGUGUAGCUACUACCGAUCUAUAUGGACGUUGUACGAAAACACAUUCAGGUACAUCGGCUGCUGCACCCGAAGCUGCUGGUGUAUUUGCAUUAGCAUUGGAAGCCAACCCAUCAUUAACAUGGCGUGAUGUACAACAUUUGUGUGUUCUGACUUCAAAACGAAAUUCAUUAUAUGAUUCAAAGAAACGUUUCUUUUGGAAUAUGAAUGGCGUUGGUUUAGAAUUUAAUCAUUUAUUUGGCUACGGUGUACUCGAUGCCGGUGCAAUGGUUGCAUUGUCCAAACAAUGGAAAACAGUACCACCACGUUAUCAUUGUGAAGCCGGUUCAAUUGUAUCGGAUAAUUUAUCAAUACCAACGAAUAGAAGCCUUACAUUGAAUAUUGAAACAAAUGCAUGUGCAAAUACCGAAACUGAAGUGAAUUAUAUUGAACAUGUACAGGCAGUGAUUACAUUGAAUUCAACACGUCGUGGUGAUGUUUUAUUAUAUCUUAUAUCACCAAUGGGUACCAAAUCAAUGAUAUUGAGCCGUAGACCAAACGAUGAUGAUGGACAUGAUGGUUUUGUUAAAUGGCCAUUUAUGACCACACAUACAUGGGGUGAAAAUCCACGCGGUGUUUGGCGUUUAGAGGUAGCACAUUCUGGUCCUGAACAACAACAUGGUUUUAUAAAAGAAUGGAUUCUAAUGAUUCAUGGUACAAAAGAACAGCCAUAUAAAGAUCUACCUGUAGAGGAUGAUAAUUCAAAAUUGGCAAUCGUUAAAAAAGCACAUGAAGAUGCAAUUGAUAAUAAAAAGAAUUAAUUUCAAGAAAAAUUUUUAAAUAAUUGUUUCUUUUUCAUUUCUUCUUCUUUUUUUUGC